AUGGCCGCUCUCGACGAUCUUCCGUGGAUAGAUUCCAUGUCACCCCCAUCUCACGCACAGGAUCAUGGCCAGCCGGAUUCACAACCGCCGACGGUAGCUGCUUUCUCCCCGUCGACGAUAACCGGCUCGGCCCUGACCUCGCGCCAACGCUCCAGUGUCAUCGUGCAUCGCAAAUCACCUCUACUGGUGGCUACACCACCAGCCAUCACUCGGGCCCUGGCCUACUCACACCCAUUCCUCCUCCCUCUGAACAAACUUGCCGGUCUUCUCACAUGGACUUCCGGAGACCCAUGGCAGAGCUUUUUAUUGGUGGCUACAUUUUGGACCAUCGUGCUGUAUAGCGAUGCCAUCAUUCUCUGGGCAGGCCCGAUCCUGGUCGUGAUCACUUUGAUCCUCGGCAUGUAUGGCCGCCGCUACUCGCCCCUAUCAUCGACUACCUCAACAGGUGAAAAACACAAGACCAAGAUCGCACCAGAUAGUUCCCUCCGUCAUCAAAAAAGCCUCGACGAGAUUGUUGAAACUCUUCGCAUCUUCACCACCAGAUGCAACAUCCUUCUCGAGCCACUGCUCGACCUUACUGACUUCCUGUCAACGCAACGUACCGCCACAUCAGCAACUACCAAACCUGCGUUGACAGCUCUCUUCAUCCGAAUUCUCUUAGUCACUCCAGUAUGGAUCGGUCUGACCCUACCUCCUUUCUAUUUAAUCACCACGCGCCGUAUUGUCAUGGCCGUUGGCACCAUCGCCCUCACCUAUCAUUCCCGACCUGCCAGGGUCUCGCGGGUCAUUCUAUGGCGGUCAAGGGCCGUGCGUCGACUGUGUGCCGUCGCCACAGGCCUUUCAGUCGCCGAUACCCCAGUCAGUCCACAGAAGGCCCAAGCCCAGGCCAAGGGCCAGAGUCAAGGUCUGAACAUCUCGACUCGGCGGCGCGGGACAAAUGCGGGUGUUCGAUUUACGUUUGUUGUCUAUGAAAACCAGCGUCGUUGGUUAGGCAUUGGAUGGACUUACUCGUUGUUCCCGUCGGAACGUGCUGCUUGGACAGACGAGCAUAUGAACAUCGUCGCACCCAAAGACUCUUUCGAACUACCCGAUGUCCGAACUGGAGACGCCAAAUGGCGUUGGGUGGAAGGCAGCGAAUGGCGUGUCGAAGGAGCAGAUAACUUCAACGGAAAGUCAGACUCGAAAGGGGGAUCGACCGGCGAAGGUUGGAUCUACUAUGACAACAAGUGGAACGACGGACGCCGCGGACAAGAUGGAUGGGACCGUUAUACCCGCCGACGCAAGUGGUACCGAGACGCCGAACUAGUCGAGCUGUCACCUGCAGGUACUGAAAAUUCCUCUGAAGAAACAAUAUCCGGGCUCACCCAAGCCCUGGAAAAGGAGAAAGAACAGGAUAAUGACGACGACGCCGACACGAAGAGCGUUACCCCGUCCACGGCCUCGAAAUCCCGCCGUCGUCGCUGGUUUAGCAAUAGCAAGGACAAAGAAAAGGAUUCAGCCAACGUCGCAUCUCCAACAGAUAGUGGUCGCACCUCGGGCUCAAACAUUCCAACCGAUGGACCAGGCCCUUCGCGGCCGAUUAGCAUUCAAAACUCCCGCAAGCCACCUCAUGCUCGCGAAGGAAGCGUGGCAACCAGUGACAGUGCCAGUUUGCGCGAGAAGGAAAUGGCAAAUUCGCAUGAUCAUCUUGAUCGCUGGUCUACUCGGGCUGCUGGUGGGACGGAGAGAGCGGAAAGGGAAUGGGGGCUCAGCGAUGAGGUUAACAUGGGGUUGAGCUGA